CAUGGGCAAUUCACUUUAGCCUUACACAUCCACCGUCAAGUCAGCCUUGCAAUCAGGUAGACAUACAUCACAUACCUAACUCCCUUGCACUCUGACUACGCUUGCGUAUGGUUAUGCCUUGUCGCGCAGCAGAGAGCAGAGAAUCUCUGUUUCGUAGACCCUCGCGCCGGAAUUACACGCCAUCAAAUCCAUUCUUCCCUCCUGAACAUUUCUGACUUUUAUUUUCAGUUACGUGGUAACCAUCAGGUACCGGCCACCCGACAAACCGAGGGCUUUGAAUUUAAUCUUUCAAGAUAAUAUCUAAAGCUUGACGGAAAUCUUAGAACUUGAACCUAAACCUACAACCAACAUUCGAUCCUUUAUUCCGACGUCGAAGUACGAUCCCGGGCGACAUGCCUGACGUAAGUCAACAUGUCUGUCAAUCAAUUACUCGAGGGUGCUUUUAAUAAGCUCCGAGAGUUUCCACAGGAGUCUCAUCUUUGUUGCCCGAGAAUAUCCGACGAAGACGAUGAGAUCUACGAGGAUGUCGAGGCUCCCAGCAAAAUCACCGUCGCCGAAAAGGAAGAGAGAAUCCAACAAGGAAAGGAGAGGCUGAACCAGGCAUAUAUCUGUUCACUUAUAUUGGGUCUCGAGGAAGAAUCGGCGGGAAGCUUAGGCUCCGAGUUUAAGGAGCGGACAAAUGGUUUCCUCAAGUCCUGCGCGACAUGCGUGCGAAACUGGCACAAAGGACGCAAGCCAUUUCUCAAAGACAUUGGCCAAAUCUACGACGACAAUGUAGUCACUGAGAUGGAGGAUCGCUUGAACCAGUUCGAUUUUCUCCGCAUCACCAAAGGCCUCGAGGGUGCUGCUGAGUUCAUCAAUGCUCACAACGGCGUAGCUGGGCAGAGCACUUUUCUUAAGGAAGACCGGGAAGAUUUACUCAUCGCCCUCUACGAGGCCAUCUGCUGUAUGCCAUACUUGAGCUUGCCGGAAAACCGAAAGCAGUUCAACUUCGUAUUUGAAGCGAUCCAGAAGAGAAAGAUUCUUAAGCUAGAUGAGAUCCUCCCGACAAUGACCUUUUUUCUAUUCGACGAGAACGACACUCGUAACCGAUUUGCCGUCCACACCUUCUCUCGACAUCCCUCUGUCACCGAAGAGGACUUUGAGUGGGCAAUCAACGACAACCUCGCAGACGCCAUUUUGAAAGCUAAUGACAUCAAUGCGUCUCCUCAGUUCCUCCUUCGCUUCUGGCAAGGAUUCCUUCACAUAUUAGAUGUGCUCGACGAGAAACUCGUCAUUCAUUCCCUGCGAGGCAUGACCGUGCAGCCGAGCAUAUAUGAAUUAAUGCUCGCCCAAAUGUCUAGAAUUCAUUCAGUCCCCAUUUUAAAGCUGCUUCUCAAGGCAUUCUGCGCCCUGAUACGAAAGUCUCCUAAGGCAUUCUGGGAUGCAUAUAGUCAUUACUCUCACACAGCAGUCGCAGAGCAAAUCCUGGUCAGCCCGGCCUUUAAGUCACUCCUUUUACAGUCGGGAGAGCCUGAUGUGUCCGAGGGUCCAACGGCAAUCUCUUGGGUGAAGUCAUUCGUAGAAUCAAUCCCUACUCAUCAGAAGAGUGAUGUCUGUGAUUCGCUUUUGCACCAUUUCCUGCAAAGGUAUGCACAGGACCCCAACAUGACAUCGGGAGGCAAGGUUGCUUGUACUCUUGUCGCGGUCGAGAUUCUCUCCUCCACCCUGGGAACCUUCGCCUCUCCGAACUACAAGCUGCACGUGUCUUCUUCGACCAUCCAUACGAAUGCGGUCUUGAAUCUAACCUUGAAGUAUAAAGACUUGAUCAUACAGCUUGCCCAACUCCCACCCGACGACCAACAGAAUGCUGCUAUGUCUCAUGCCGGUUUGUCCGUAAUAAAAUACGCUCUCACCUUGGAUUCUCGCAUCAUCGUCGAGGAGUUUAGCGCACUUCAGAACAGUGAUAAACUUGUCCAACGAGAGGUCAAGCGGAAUUCGCCGGGUCUUUGGGAAGCAUUCUUGGAGAUUCUCCAGCCCGGUGCAGAUGAACUUGCUAAGAUAAUGCUAGUUGCUACCGGUCCUCUGAUUGCCGUGGAGAUAUUUCGGCCGGUGAAGAGACAGACCCUAUCACCUACGAAGAAGGAGUUCAAUAUCGAUUUUCAGAAAACUGCCGAAGUCGUGGGUCGGAUGAUUGAAAGAUUAGGCGACUUCAGUGAGUCUACUCUACGACAGCUCUGUUCGGAUCCUUCGACGAUAUUACCUAUCGUGGCUGCUCUUGUCCAUGGCGAGCAAGACAUCAAUCAAGCUGGGGCUUCUUUUAUCAAGACUGUCACGAACGAGAUGAGGAGAACCGACGCCGUACUUAGACUAUUGGAGGGCUAUUUCACCCAUGCCUUAUCGUCCUAUACUUCUAUCGUCACUGAAAUCACCGAGAAGAUGUGUCUCUGGUCACCGCAGUUCAAUGUCAUCCGGUACUCGAGAGACAUUCUCAGUAGUCUCUGCGAUCCGACGUCUGGGAUACUGCGAUCGAAAGAUCUGAAUAACAGAGAGCGUGAAGUGCUUGGUGCUUGGUGGAAUGCACAAUGGAGAUUUCUUGACAACGCCUUCACCCAGACAGAAGAUUGGAGUCGCCUAAUCGACAUGGAAACUAUGAAGAAUUUCUGUCGAGAAGCUAUGGAGUUUGCCGAAGCUCUAUUAGCCCAAGAUGGUCUCCUCGCCUCUGCAUUGAGUUCAGAAUCCGCACAUUCUUCUUCAAUGGACAACGGUGAACAACCUGAAAAGCAAGCCAUGAGGGAUAUUCUCGAACAGCCACGGAAGUAUUCCUUUGGUCUCUGCAAGAUGCUUCGUUUGAAGGAUUUGUACCUCGUCACGGUAAUCGUCAACGUCCUUGGGAAGCUCCUGAGACGUUUAGUGGAGUUUGAUAUCGAACUCCCCUCGCAGGCUCUGACAUUCGUCAAGAAUACCUGCAUUAAGAACAAAGAUGGGCGAUAUAACACCUCGACGAACAUGAAUGAUCGCCAACGUGCUGAGCUGUUGCGAGCCUUGGGUGAAGAUACUCAAGAUGACGUCGAGAUCAUUUCAAUUAAGAAGGCUGAGCCGCACAAACGACAAAGUAGGCUUGAUGCUUGGUCGAAAUCAGCUGAUGACACAUCGGGUACACCAAGUGCACCUAGUAUAUCUCGGAAAGGGAAGAUACCAGUGAAAACGAGCAAGGAUGAUCUCCGCGACAUACUGAAAUCCUCCACUUCAGAGAAGACUAAGUCCACUUUAGACAUAAUCAAAGCUCGCCACGCGGAACGAAAACCCGCGCAACCUGUAGUUAAUGUGGCAUCCAUUCGGGAGAAACGCCAGAAGGAGGCCGAGGAGAAGCGAAAGCGAGAUGCCGAGGUCAUUGCCAGAGCGAAAGCUCUUAGGCAACCUAAACCACUCGUCAGCGGUGAAGGUUCUGGCCUUCAGGGGCUUUCCGGCGUCCAUGGCAAAGAUCAUGCACCACAGAAGAGCGAGAUCAUGGUCAAUUCUUCUUCGGAGGAUGAGGACGACUCAGACGGCGAUGCCGAGUUCUUAGCUCGAUCUGCCGCUGGAAAGAAAGGGGCGAAGGGCGGGCAAUCCGCGAAACCCCACGUGCCUCUCCCGGUGAAGAAGGUGAAGAUUCAACGUUCCGCGAAGGAUAUGCGAGCGCGACUUAUUCCUCCAAUGGACAUACUUCAUCAGGCUAUUCUGGAAUGGGAUAUUUUCCAUAAAGGCAAUGACCCACCUAAUGGCAUAAGAUGCUCUAAGGUCUCUGAUGCCUAUGGAGACCCCCGCGAGUACAAGGAGACCUUCCUACCACUUCUAAUAAAUGAAGCGUGGAGAUCUUUUGUAACAGCUAAAGAUGAAGCAACCUCGAAGCCGUUUGGCAUUAAGAUUGUUAACCGGAUGAACGUUGAUAAGUUCGUCGAAGUUAGUACAGCCAUGCCUAUUAGUGAAAACAAGGAUAGGUUCCUCUCAGAAGGAGACAUCGUCCUAUUCUCACAGGCUGCGAAUCCAUUGGAGGCUACUGAGGACUUGCAUUGUCUUGCUCGUAUCUGGCGUGUUCAGUUCAAGAACGGCAAUUUAGAAGUGCAAUUCCGCUUAAGUGGCCGGGCUGGACCUAUAAUAUCUACGAUGAUGCCCAAGUCCGAGCUCUACGCCGUAAAGAUUACCAAUAUGACCACUAUCGAGCGUGAAUACGCUUCAUUGGAGAGUCUCCAGUAUUACGACUUGAUGCCCGAAGUUCUAGAGGCCAAGCCAUCUCCUAUGCUGAAAUUUAGCCAAGAAGCCGUUGAGAAGAUUAUGGAGAACUACCAACUGAAUCCUGGUCAGGCCAAGGCAAUCUUGAAUGCGAAGGAGAAUGACGCAUUUACUCUAGUUCAGGGGCCUCCUGGAACAGGCAAGACGAAGACGAUCGUAGCAAUGGUUGGGGCUUUACUAACAGGAAAUUUUUCUACGAAUACCGGCACAGCUAUCAAACGACCUACUGGACCGGGUUCGACGGCUAGUAAAGGGCUAUCCAAGAAAUUGUUAGUUUGCGCACCGAGUAACGCUGCUGUAGACGAGUUAGUUCUGCGUCUCAAAAAUGGAGUCAAGUCUACGACUGGAUCUUUCCACAAGGUCAAUGUCUUGCGUCUUGGUCGCACUGAUGCGAUCAACGCCGCCGUAAGAGAUGUCACUUUGGACGAAAUGGUCAAGGCCCGCGUGGAGGGAACCGCGGACCAGAAUAAGGGCCCCAGUUCACGAGACCUAAUGCACCAAGAAGCUGGUAAAAUCAAAUUAGAAUUGGCUGAUCUACGACCACAACUAGAGUCGGCGAGAGCCGUCGGCGAUCGCACGCUGAUAAACCAAUUUCAACGAAAGUUCGACGAGUUGAAGCGUCGCCAGGCUCAGAUUGGCGCAAAGAUUGACGCCGAUAAAGAUAGUGGAAACACGGUUGCCAGAGAGAAUGAAAUCCGACGGCGUCAGAUUCAACAGGAGAUUCUUGAUUCUGCCCAGGUACUCUGUGCGACACUCAGCGGUAGUGGACAUGAAAUGUUCAAGAAUCUGCAAGUCGAGUUCGAGACAGUAAUCAUCGACGAAGCUGCACAGUGUGUUGAACUCAGCGCGCUGAUUCCAUUGAAGUACGGCUGCUCUAAAUGUAUUCUGGUCGGUGAUCCAAAGCAGCUUCCUCCUACAGUGUUGUCACAAUCUGCUGCGCGUUAUGGAUACGACCAGAGUUUAUUUGUUCGUAUGCAGCGUAACCAUCCUGAUGACGUUCAUCUCCUCGACACGCAAUACCGUAUGCAUCCAGAAAUCAGUCUUUUCCCCAGCCAGGAAUUCUAUGAACGACGUCUCUUAGAUGGCGAUGACAUGAGAAAACUACGUCAUCAGCCAUGGCACCAGAGUGCGCUGUUGGGUCCCUACCGCUUCUUCGACGUUAAGGGUAUCCAAGAUAAAGGUCGCAAGGGCCAGUCACUAAUCAACUUGGAAGAACUCAAGGUUGCCAUGCAACUGUAUGAGAGGUUAAUGACAGACUACCCAAAUGCCGAUUGGAAGGGAAAGAUCGGUAUUAUUACUCCCUACAAGGCUCAACUAUUCGAGCUGCGUGAUCAGUUCUCUCGUCGAUACGGAGAGAAGAUUAAAGAGUACAUCGAAUUCAAUACCACGGACGCUUUCCAGGGCCGUGAGUGCGAGAUCAUCAUCUUCUCUUGCGUUCGAGCCAGUCCUACUGGUGGUAUUGGUUUCAUGACUGACAUUCGACGUAUGAAUGUUGGUCUAACUCGAGCAAAGUCUUCUCUAUUCAUUCUUGGAGAUUCGAGAGCUCUAGUCCAAGGUGAAUUCUGGAACAAGCUCAUCGAAGAUGCCAAGAUUCGAGAUCGCUACACGGCUGGCGAUGUCCUCUCUUUGCUGAGAAGACCUGGGGCCAAAUUGCCGCCCACUAGUUUUGAUACUCAGCCAACGCCCGCCCAGACUCUCCCUCAGCCUAUGGAUACUUCGGAUCCCAGCUCGAAGCAAUCUAGUCGGGCCAGUAGCAAUGAAGAUGUAGUCAUGGAGGAUGCACCACCUUCGAAUCGGGCACCUAAGAAGAAACCGACACCCCAGUUACCACAGACGUACACUGUCCUUGAACGACAGGAGCCUCGAACCUCAACGGACAACUCAGCUAUGGCGGGAUAUGGCGGGCUCAAUGAGAGAGGCGAGACCGCUACCGUCAAUCGUUCAUCUGAACGUCCUGUAAUCCACCAGUCGGGUCAAAAACGGCCUAGAGAUGGCAGUGAGGAUGGUAAAGCGCCGAAGAGGGUAAGAUACAUGAACGCAAAAAGAUAUUUGAAAAAAUCACUAACUUUGGGUAAUAUAGGUUGCCAGCACAAAUGUUCCCAGAGCGCCGCCGAGCGCCCCCCGAAACAUGCCGCAGCCCCAAGACCCUUCAGCAAUGGCCGUUUUGGGCAUGACACCAAAGCCCGCUUCGUCUUCUCACAAUCCCCCUCCUGGCCCCUCGAAUGCUCCUAGGGGCCCAUCUGGUUCUGGGCCAUCUCGGCCGAUCCCACCUCGAAGACGACCACCUCCUUCCGAUCCCUUCAUCAGACGUAAACCCAAACCUCCCCAGUAAUACCCC